AUUUGGUGAGAGCAUAGGCAUUCAGUCUUUUGAUCUUUCUGAAAAGAAUUUCUGAAAAGAACACUCAGUGAAAUACAAAUGCCUGUGAGAAUUCCUCGUAUAAUACCCGUUCCGGUUGAAAAGUACUAUCCAGAGAGUGAGAGUGCGAUAAUGAAGAAAAUAAUGGAUACAUUAAAAGAAGCAGACAGAAACCAUGACGGUCGCUACAACAAGGAUGAACUGAAGCAUGCCCUCAAAGACUUAGGUGCCUUUUUUCCUGGCUGGAGAGCCAAUCGUGCUUUUGACAGAAUUGAUAUCAAUAAUGAUGGUCAAAUCAGCGGUGAGGAAAUCGAUUCUCUCCUCGAGUAUCUUAGCUCUCGCGGCUUUGGAAAAUAAGCGAUCCGUUUCACCCUAUGAUCAACCACCCCAUAUAUAUAUAUAUUCUUAUAUGCGUGGUGAUAUUCUGUGUUCUAUAAUAUAGUUUCUGAAAUAACAUCCAUGUCUUCACAAACUAAGGUUGAAGAUGGAUUCAUGAGUUAUGGCUAACUUUGUUUUUUUUUUUUCAAGUAUGUAAGAAAAAAUAAUUAUGUUACUUUGUUUGGAUGGAUCAUAUUGGUAUAAAGAAACCAAUUAUAGACUA